ACACACACACACACACAGCAGGCAGCCAGCUUCCUUGUCUUGAUCUCAGUGUGAAGGCAGUCAGCAGUAGUAGUUGGCCCUGGGUCUGCUUAAGGCUGUCUUAUCAGGACUGCUGCAUGGGCACAUCUGCCCUCCGAAGCCGUUGGGCUCUUCUGUGGGCUGCAUGCUGAAGUGUGAGCAGUCCAGACUCACACACGGCCGGGGUCUUCACACAGCACAGCACUCAGGGAUCUCUUUACCACUGCGGCACGCCGUGUUUUUCUCCUCUAGUGAGGCAGUGAGCAACACUCAGAGCCGCCAUGCUGAGAGGGGCGGCCACCACCAAGACCCCGCUGGCCAGGGCAGGGGCUUCGGACCGGAGUCAGGUGCCGUCCUCUCUCUCCGCCAACGCCAUGAAGCCCUCCCGCCUCCUCAACUCCCACUCCCAGACCCCAGAGCAGCGCUUCAGCAAGAUGAAGAGGGCAAGUAGUGAUGAUGCCCUGGCCAAGCCUGCACUGGGACAAGUCCCACGCUCCCGCAUGAGGAAGACCGUCACGUCAGGAGCCAUUUCUGAUCUGGCUGAUUCUAAAAUCCGCACCACCACAGGAAUCCCACCAAAGAAAUCCGGGAUACCUGCUCCCAAAGAGAUGUCGACCACCGUCUCCAGAGAAAGGGUAUCCCUUCGUGACCAGCUGAAAGGCGCGUCCACCAAAAAGAUGGUCCCCAGCGCCAGCACCUCCAGUCUGUCCACGCUGGCCAAGCGGGGCCAGUCCGCCAAGCCCAAGCUGGACGCAGACGGCGCCGACAAAGCCCUCCUGGAGUGCCAGGUGAAGGAGCUGCUGGCCGAGGCCAAAGCCAAAGACUUCGAGAUCAGCAAGCUGCGCAUGGAGCUGCAGCGCUACCGGGGAAAGGCUUCGCCCGCCGAGGGCACCGUCGCCAGCACCACGCCCACAGAGGGCCAGGGUGGCGAGGGGGAGCCGGCCGGGACGUCGCCCGUCGACCCCCAGGCCCUGGUGGGCGAGCUGAAAGAGAAGAACGGACGCUUUCAGAGGGAGCUGGCCGCCUUACGAGACGAGAACCAGGCGCUGAAGGAGAAGCUGAUCUCGCUGGAGAGCGCACCGGUCCCCAACGCCACCUCCUCCUCGUCCCCCAGCCCAACGAAACCCUCCGUUAACGGCAUCCUCCCGGACAGCACCGCCAUCGGCGACGCCGUUGUCCCGGCCAUCAGCAAGAUCCCGCUUAAGAGCUCCACGUCGUCCGGCAGCGACAUCACCAAGGGAUCAGCGUCGGCUUCCCCCUCCCCAGACUCGUCCGAGUUUGAGAAGAUCCCGUCGCGCUGCAACUCCCUCAGCAGCGGCGGUGCCGGGGGCGGAGAUUUAGCGGCGACGCCGACGACGCCACCCACCCGCGAGCAGUCGGUGGAGUGCCUGACGGAGAAGAUCCAGCAGAUGGAGGAGAGCCACCACAGCACGUCGGAGGAGCUCCAGGCCACGCUGCAGGAGCUGUCAGACCAGCAGCAGGUGGUGACGGAGCUGACGUCGGAGAACGAGCGUCUGGCCGAGCAGAAGCACCGCCUGCAGGCCUCGCUGCAGGAGCAGCGGGAGCGCGUGGAGCUGCUGGCGCAGAAGAACGAAGCGCUCCUGCUGCGGCUGCGCGACCAGCGCGACGAGUCGGCGCGCGCCACCGAGCUGGAGCAGCGCUGCGGCCAGCUGGUGGAGAGUGCGCGCUUCGAGCGCGAGAAGCUGGUGGACAUCCAGCAGCAGCUGACCGGCAGCCUGAGGCAGCUGGAGCAGGAGCAUCAGGAGGCGCAGGCCGACGCCCGGGGCCUCCGCGAGGAGCGCGAGCGGCUGCGGGCCGAGCUGGAGCGCGAGCGAGAGGGCCGCGGCGAGGCGGAGCGGGCGGCGGAGGAGCGGGAAGGCGCGGUCGAGGUGCUGCGGGCGGAGGUGGAGCGCGUGAGGGCGCAGCUGGAGGCCGAGAGGCAGAAGGUGGCGGAGCUGAAGGCGGUGCAGAGCGCCAGCGCCGACAGCACGGAGCUGCAGGGCCUGCUGAAGGCGGCGCAUGACGAGAGGGACCGGCUGGAGCUGGAGUGCACCAGGCUCAGGCAGGACGCGCAGCAGGCCCAUGCUGACAACGAGCAGACGCGCACGGGGCUCGCUAAGGCCCAGGCGGAGCUGCAGCAGGUGCUGAAGCAGGAGGAGGAGCAGAAGAGCAUGCUGAGCGGCAGCGUGACUGAGCUGCAGGAGCACGUGCAGCAGGCCGAGGCCCAGAUCAAGGACCUGAAGGAGACCAUCUUCGAGCUGGAGGACCACGUGGAGCAGCAGCAGGCCGUCCACCUCCACACCAAACAGACCAUCCUCGACCUGGAGAAUCAGCUGAAGAAGGUGGAAGAGCACAAGACGGAUGUGGAGAAGCAACUGAAGGCAAUGAAUCGACAGAUGAAGGAGGACAAGGAGGAAUGGCUGCGCUUCCAGGCGGACUUGCAGACGGCCGUGGUGGUGGCCAACGAUAUCAAGGUGGAGGCGCAGCAGGAGGUGCGAGCUCUGCGGCGCCACCUGCAGGAGGAGCAGGAGCGCAGCGGCCGCCUGGCCGGAGAGCUGGAGCAGCUGCAGCUGGGCAGGCUCAGCACUGGAUCUGCCUUUGAGACCAAAACAGCAGUAGAAGGCAGAUAGGCCGGCAUGAAGACUGCCAGAAGACAGUGUUACCACUCCAAAAUGCCUUUAUCAAUUUUACAGUAUUAAGUGAAGACGUGUAACAUGUUGGGUAAUAAGAGUACAGGAACGGGUUCAAGUCAGGCUUGCUUAAAUCUGCCUCGGUAGUGGCAAGAAUAUGUGAAUUUGUGAUAUGUGAAAAUACUUUGAUUUACAGUGAAAUAUAAAUGUUUAUAAUUGUGAUAUGAUUUAAACGUCUGUACAACUGGCAAUUCAUAUCCAAGUGUUGGGCUUGUUUUACUGUGCCUUUGAGCAACUAUAUUUCCAUGAAAUUUUUUGUAAGUUUUGACAUUUAGAAAUACCAGAUGAAUUGCCUUAGGACAAAAGCCAAUACAAAUGACAAAACAGCCCAAAUUCUCACUUUUGGCCAGUUUUAGAUUGGACCUUGAUGGUGAUAAAACACUCCGUGGAGUUCAUGUUACAAUGACAAAGUUGUUUUUGUGAACAUUUUAUUAGGAGUUUCAUUCCACUUGAUGCAACACCUCAUGUAUGUUAGUUUUCAUUUUGUUCUAUCCUUCUUGUGAUAUGUGAUGAUAGAUGUUUGUAAAAAAAUAUCUAUAAUAAAGUAACAUUUAAGCCAUUUUCAUUUCAUGGAAGAUUUCAUGACCUGAAAUGUUUCACAUCAGCAUCAUCAUUUGUUGUCUGUAUAUCAAAACGCACUACACAUGCAUUGUCACUAGGUGGCAGCAUAGAAUUGACACAUGUGUACAUAAAAUGAUCUGAAAUUCCUUAAUUAAUGGUAUAUAUGAUUUUAGGUAUGGCACGUGAAUUUGUCAUUUGUCAAUUCAUCAUUUUCCACCUCAUGCCUAAAUCGUUAUUUUUUUUAUUUUUUUUAUUUUUUUUUAAAAAAGGUCCUAGUCACAUGACCUAAGAGUUCAUGAAUUCUUGUCCUGCAUUACUAUUCCCUGUGUAGAAUUGUGGUUACAAAGAAUCCUGCUGACGGCAAUAUCACAUCGUCAUAAUAGAUGCAGUAUUUGAGGUUUACUAAUUAAUGAAGUUCCUCAGCCCUUUCCGUGCUAAGCAGCUGUGUUCUAAACAGGAUUAUUGAUGACUUCUUCAGUGAUUAUUCGGGGGCUGGUGCAUCAGAUAAUAGCCAGACAGAUGUCAGGGAAAUCGCCCAAUCUGCAGGCUUAACCUCCGUGGCCAUUUUGUCCAUUCUCAGGUUAAAUUUUUCAUUGUGGCUUUAGCCACUCUAAAUAAACAAUGCAGAGGACUGUGCCAGAGCGGCAGUACUGUGCCACGACCACAACCAUGAUUAUUACAGCAUGUGGUUAUCUAAGUCAGAUUAUAGCCUACCCCACCGCCGCCUUCUUAAGAGGGUUUUUGAGAUGUUUUUAUUUAUUGACUGUGCGACUAAGACGUUAAAAAUGCCUUACACACGUAUGUUUAAACUUCAGAGAGAAAUUGUAUUGCUGCUCCUUAGGAAAGCUGAAAUAUGAAAGUAUAAAUUCCAAUGUGUAAAACCAUUAUGUUGUGUGCAUUUAUUGCUUCAAGACAAUAAAUGUGAAUCAAACCUU